GGUUGAGGCAUCUUUACGCGUAGCCAGAAAAGAGCAAUAAUCACAAGUGUUUCCUGCAGGGGCGUAUAUGCACUACUAGCGAAGAACAUUUGUCAGCGAUUUCGUGCACUGAAGGAUACGCUUCUUUGCCGAAGCAGCCCUGCCGUCGAGCCAACGUGCCAGCGAACUGGAUAUGGUGCCAGCGAUCCACUGAGAGAUACGCUUCAACGGUGAACCGGUCAGAAGAGCCACCCGCACUACGCCUAACUCACGUUCUUUACGAAUACUGUGCACCGCUACUUUAGCCAACCAUGACUGACGCCAAAUACUUCACGACGACUAAGAAAGGAGAGAUAUUCGAACUGAAGAGCGAACUGAACAGCGACAAGAAGGAAAAGAAGCGAGAAGCAGUCAAAAAGGUCAUCGCUUCGAUGACAGUUGGAAAAGAUGUCAGCGCUCUCUUCCCCGACGUGGUGAACUGCAUGCAGACGGACAACUUGGAGCUGAAGAAACUGGUGUACCUGUACCUGAUGAACUACGCAAAGAGUCAACCUGAUAUGGCUAUAAUGGCUGUGAACACAUUUGUAAAAGAUUGCGAGGACGGCAACCCCCUGAUCCGGGCGCUGGCGGUGCGCACGAUGGGCUGCAUCCGCGUGGACAAGAUCACGGAGUACCUGUGCGAACCCCUGAGGAAGUGCUUGAAGGACGAGGACCCCUACGUGCGAAAGACGGCUGCCGUGUGCGUCGCCAAGUUGCAUGACAUCAACGCGCCCCUCGUCGAGGACCAGGGAUUUUUGGAUCAGCUGCGAGACCUCCUCUCUGAUUCAAACCCCAUGGUGGUGGCGAAUGCGGUGGCUGCCCUGUCGGAGAUGAACGAGGCCUCGAGCAGCGGGCAGCCCCUGUCGGAGAUGAGCGCCCCGACGAUCAACAAGCUGCUCACGGCCCUGAACGAGUGCACGGAGUGGGGCCAGGUGUUCAUCCUGGACUCACUGUCCAACUACGCCCCCAAGGACGAGCGGGAGGCCCAGAGCAUCUGCGAGCGGGUCACCCCCCGGUUGGCCCACGCCAACGCGGCCGUCGUGCUCUCUGCUGUCAAGGUGCUGAUGAAGUUCAUGGAGAUGAUGAGUAGCGAUUCAGACUUUGUCACCACUUUGACUAAAAAACUUGCUCCACCAUUGGUGACCCUGCUGUCCAGCGAGCCCGAAGUGCAGUAUGUGGCUCUGAGGAACAUCAACCUCAUUGUGCAGAAGAGACCCGACAUCCUGAAGCACGAAAUGAAGGUGUUCUUUGUCAAGUACAACGACCCCAUUUACGUGAAGCUGGAGAAGCUGGACAUUAUGAUCCGCCUUGCGUCGCAAGCAAACAUUGCUCAGGUCCUGGCCGAGCUGAAAGAGUACGCCACAGAGGUGGACGUGGACUUUGUGCGCAAGGCGGUGCGUGCCAUCGGGCGGUGUGCCAUCAAGGUGGAGCAGUCCGCAGAGCGCUGCGUCAGCACGCUGCUCGACCUCAUCCAGACCAAGGUCAACUACGUCGUCCAGGAGGCCAUUGUGGUCAUCAAGGAUAUUUUCAGAAAAUACCCAAACAAGUAUGAGAGCAUAAUUUCCACGCUAUGCGAAAACCUGGACACGUUAGACGAACCAGAAGCUAGGGCAUCCAUGAUAUGGAUCAUUGGAGAGUAUGCAGAACGAAUUGACAAUGCAGACGAGCUGCUGGAAAGCUUCUUGGAAGGAUUCCACGACGAAAACACGCAGGUUCAGCUCCAGCUGCUGACAGCCAUAGUGAAGCUGUUCCUGAAGCGCCCAACAGAAACACAAGAACUGGUGCAACAGGUGCUGAGCCUGGCAACGCAGGACAGCGACAACCCAGACCUGCGCGAUCGGGGCUUCAUCUACUGGCGGCUGCUGUCGACGGACCCCGGGGCGGCCAAGGAGGUGGUGCUGGCCGAGAAGCCCCUCAUCUCAGAGGAGACGGACCUGCUGGAGCCCAGCCUGCUGGACGAGCUCAUCUGCCACAUCGGCAGCCUGGCCUCCGUCUACCACAAGCCGCCCUCGGCCUUCGUUGAGGGACAGCGGGUGGCCCUGCGCCGGGCCCUGCCGCCCAGGCACAACUCGGUGGGUUCUGCCGAAGAGGCCGGUGUGGCGGGGGCGGGAGACCAGUCGACGGUGAUUCCCAGUGCGGACAGCCUGAUUGGAGACCUGCUCAGCAUGGACAUUGGGGCCCCUGCUCCACCGGCUGCUGUUCCACCGGCUGCCGCCGCCGCCGUCACAUCUGCUGCUGCCAUGGACAUCUUUGCCGGUGGCCUAGACAGCUUUCUGGGAGAUGGGCUGGGAGGGGCGGGGGCAGCUCCUGUGCCGCAGUCUGUGGCCGCUCCCCUCACCAACACGACGGGCCUGCUGGGCGACAUCUUCGGCAUCGGCACCGCCAGCCCCUUCUGCACACCUCCCAAAAGGGUGUGGCUAGCUGCCGCCCGAGGCAAAGGCCUGGAGAUCACCGGCACCUUCACACGGCGAAACGGGCAGAUCUUCAUGGAGAUGACCUUCAGCAAUAAGGCGAUGCAGGCGAUGACGGGCUUUGCGGUGCAGUUCAACAAAAACAGUUUCGGGCUGACUCCAGCUCAGCCGCUGCAGUUGCAGAUUCCCCUGCAGCCCAACUUCCCAGCUGAUGCGAGCUUGCAGCUGGGAACCAACGGUCCCGUGCAGAAGAUGGACCCCCUCACCAACCUUCAGGUGGCCAUCAAGAACAAUGUGGACGUGUUCUACUUCAGCUGCCUGGUGCCCAUGCACGUGCUGAGCACGGAGGACGGCCUGAUGGACAAGCGGGUGUUCCUGGCCACCUGGAAAGACAUCCCCGCCCAAAACGAGGUCCAGUACACCCUCGACAACGUCAACCUCACUGCAGACCAAGUUUCCCAGAAGCUGCAGAACAACAACAUCUUCACGAUAGCCAAGAGGAACGUGGACGGCCAGGACAUGCUGUACCAGUCCCUGAAGCUCACCAACGGCAUUUGGGUGUUGGCGGAGCUCAAGAUACAGCCCGGCAAUCCAAGGAUCACGUUGUCUUUGAAGACAAGAGCACUGGAAGUGGCAGCAGGUGUACAACAAACUUACGAACUCAUUCUACACAGCUGAGGCUGCUGUGAAUGAAACUCUUCUCCCACCCCCUUCUUUCGAUGGCAGUCAAUGUCUCGUUUCAUUUUUUUCUUUUCUUUUGCGGCGUGCUACGGAACAAGGUCCUACAUUCCUAAGUUAUAUGGUGUUGUCGCGUAGGGGGCAGAGUGCCGCCGAGCCCGCGACAGCCUUGUAUCUGAGAAGAGCCGAACGCACCACUUCGAAAAAGAAAAAGUGAAGAUGGAAAAAUGAAAAAUUUUCCAGUUGCUUCAAAUUAACAUUCCUCGUAGUCAGUCUGUGGCCGUUGAGUUUGGUGUAAAGAAGAAAAAAGUUUCACUUUUAGUGAAAAUGGUUGCUUUUUAUUGGUAUCCCCUAUCACACCGAGCACGAACGUAAGAAAUCGUGACAAGGAUUCUCCUUUAGUUGUAUUAUGGUGGCUGGAGCACACGAGGCACCUGUUGCCAAUUUGACCCAGCAAAUGCCCAAUUCUCAAGAUUUGAGUUCAUUGAGGUUGUUUUGCUCCUCCUCCCCCCCCCCACCCCCCCCCCCAACUUUGUCGUUGGAUUGUCUAACAGUGUAAAUGGGCGACGACUCGUUAUUCUUUUUUCUUCAUUCUUUCUUUUUGUUGUCACGCGCCCCUGGGGACGCGACACAACUUAUGUGCAUAAUUGAUUUUCACAGGCUGCGACACAGUCUGUAAAAGAAGGGGAAGUGGAACUCUGCUCCGCCGCUGCUAGUGUCAUCACGGGACGACCAAUCGCGUUUUCUCUGACUAUUUAAACAAAACGGCAUAGCUUAGGGGGCAGUCUGUGUGAAGUGGAACAACCAAACUGAGCCCUGCCCUUUCGGUGUGUGUACAAGCAUCUCUGUGUAACAUGAACUACUUUGCAUGAACGGGAGAAGUUUAGUUUUUUUUUUUUUUUUUUUUUUCAGGUAACUAUGUCAACAGAUUAGAACCAUUUUUUGGAACGGCUGGAAAGAUAACCGCUCAUUUUGUUUGUACUAAAAGACUACGAAAAGUGUUGACUUUUUGCAUCGGUUUGGCAACGUUUGUUUGGCAUGCAUGUAGUUGAGCCUAAUGGUAUCGCCCCUCGUAAACAAUAACAGUGCAAUGGAGCAGUACUGUAGUGUCCAUUAAAGAGCGAGAGUUUGGUUAAAGGUUGUUAAUUUGAGGUCCGUGUUAUCCUUUGAGUAGGAGAGCGGCAGUUUUUGCAAAUAGCGCUGCUGGGGGCGUCAUAUCUGCCCUCCAAAACAUGCACAUUUUAAGUGUGAAUUGUUGCGGCGGCUUGUACGAGUAUGUGUGUUAUGUGUACAAAAAGAACUCUUAAUUAAAAUAUUUGUGGCCAAAACGUUAA